AUGCUUUGCCGAACCUGCCUGCGCGCCCGGGUCGCAGCUCUGCAGGCUGCUGCCAAACCUUCGGCCGCACAUCGGACCCUGAUCGGCGCCCGUCUCCCCAAGCCCAGCAGCAGCAGAGCAAUCACAUCCAGAGCGGCAUCGUUACGAACCACGACCUGUUCUGCCUCGAGAGCGACGUCACCGAGUACCUACACUACCAGGCGAACUCUGGCCUCCGAAGCCGCUGCCUCCUCAUCGUCGUCCUCCGCCACAACGAGCGAGUCAACCUCGGCCGGCCUCGAGAAGCCCGACUUCCUCGACGCCGCCGAGUCGGAGAUCUGGGACCGCCUGGUCAAGGAGUUCUCGCCCGUGGAGCUGCUGGUGCAGGACAUAUCGGGCGGGUGCGGCUCCAUGUACGGCAUCGAGAUCAGCUCGGACAAGUUCAAGGGGGCCAACAUGCUGAAGCAGCAGCGCAUGGUCAACGCGGUGCUCGGAGACCUGAUGAAGCAGUGGCACGGAAUCCAGCUCAAGACGAGGGUGCCAUAG